AUGGCUAUAAUAAUUCAAUUCCAAUUUAAACCUUACGCGCUUGUGAAUGUUGGAACAGAUGAUGUUGCUGUUGUGAACGGUCAUCCUUUAUUUUUUGACUCUCUUUUUCCUUCAUUACAAUCAACGACACCAGAGACAGUCAUCAGUGAUUACAGACAUAGAAAAAGACUAGACUCUCUUAUUGAUCACAAAAUCGAUUCAAAGAUGGAAGGUGUGAACGAGUUUAGUGAGAAUAAUGCUGAGUUUUAUGCUGAAGUAAUUGGGAAAUUGAUUGGAACUAUUCGUGACGGCAUCACGACUUUAAUUGAUGAAGUUAAGCAACGAAAGCAACAGAAACGAAAAAAUUCAAUCAAUGAAAUGAAUGAAAGUACGUCCCCUCCAUCCGAGAUUAGUUCAAACAAAAUAUUGCAAGCAAUGAAUACGAUUGAAAAUAUAACAAAUGCAUUGAUGAAUGACAAUGAAUCUACUCUAAUGCAAAAAGCUUCAAAUGAUGCCAAUACGAUGACAGAAAAUCACGAGAUUGAAUCGAAAGUACUAACGCCUAAUCGUGUUAACGCUAAUUUAAGUGACUCAUUGGAAAAAGAAGAUAAUCAGAUUGAAAGUAAUCAAUCACAGAGAAAAUUAUUUAAUUUUGCAUGGAAUGACGUGGUUCAAGUAAUACCAAGGAGAACAAAACGUAAUCAAAAUGAAUAUCCUAAACAACUUGCUGCUAAUAAUGUUGAAUCUUCAUUUAAUAAUUAUGAAAAUACGACCGAUACCUGGAAUAAUCAAAAAAUUAAAUACUUCAGUCAAGAUGAUGUGACUUGGUUCACCAAACUUAAUCAAAUUCUUGGACCGCUUUCCAAUAAUCAAAUUCAAAGAAAGAAAAAACUUUUACGAUUCGCAACUACUCUUUUGAUUCCUUAUUUUCAUAAUGAGUCAAUAAUUUUGAACGACCUUCGAACUUUAUUUAAUACUAUUGAUAGUGAUGAGACUUUUAAAGAUUUUGAAGGUAGUAACCUCGUUCCAAGUGAAGAAUCUUCAAUCUUAAAAUUUUUGCUGAUUCGAGGCAACUCCACAUUCAUUCAAUUAACACCGAAGUUAAAAGUUAGAAUAUUUUAUCAAGAUACUGAUGAGUAUAGCCAGCUUAGAAAACGAACUAAAGCAAUUCUUCAAUACAUUUUUUAUAAAUAUGUUCGCCUUUACUUAAUUGCGCGCAAGGGUUAUAAAGAUGCUCGUCACUUUAACCGCAUGGCGAAGAAAAUGUUUCCUGAAGAAAAUCAAACUUCUUCUUUAUCAUUCAUUUCUCAAGCCAAGUUUCAAUCAUUACAAAGUUCUGAAGAAUUAAAAAAAGAGUUUAACAAUAAUGAAGACUUCAUUGUUGCAUCGAAUCACGCUAGAAGAAAUUUUCAAAAUUUUGAAGCAAUCGCAAUAUUAAUUAUCGAAAUUUUUGGUGCUUUCCUAGGACUCACACUUGGGGCUAUGCAUCAUAUCGAUAUUGGAUUAUUUUAA